AUGCCAGCCUCUCGCGCCCCCCUCUUUGACAAGACCCGCGCCUUGGGUGAGAUCGCACGACCCCGCCGAAAGCGCGUGAUCGUCACAGGCGGCUCAGGAAAACUCGGCCGCGCCGUGGUGAACCUGCUCUCGGAGUCGUGGGAGGUGAUCUCGGUGGACGUAAGGCGUCCACCGACAGCAUCCGAGGACGGCAAGUCCGGGCUGGGCGGGGCGUACCGCCUCGUGGAGGUGGACCUGGAGGACAUGGGCGCCGUGCUCGAGACCUUCAUCUCGACCGACAUGGCGUAUGGCAGCGUGGGCGGGCCCGGCGUCGACGCCGUCGUGCACCUCGCGGCGCUGCCGAGCCCCGGCCAGACGAACUCGAGCAGGCAGUUCCGCACAAACACCAUGAGCACGUACAACGUCCUCGAGGCGGCCCGCAAGCUCGGUGUCCAGAACGUCGUCCUGGCCAGCAGCGAGACCCUUAUCGGCAUCCCGCUCGCCGAGGACGGACAUGGCCACGAGCCGGCCAGCUUGCCCGUCACCGAGGACCACGAGCGCCGCCCGGAGAGCGCGUACUCGCUCAGCAAGCUCGUCGGCGAGGUGCUCGCGGAGCAGUACGCGCGGUGGGACCCGGACCUGAAGGUCGUGUCGCUGCGGUUUAGUAAUGUCAUGGCGCCGGCGGACUACGCCGACUUCGAGGGCUGGCAGGAUGACCCGUCCAAGAGGAGUUGGAAUGCGUGGGGAUAUAUUGAUGCGCGGGACGGGGCGCAGGCCGUGGCGAAGAGCCUUGAGCUCGCGGGCGUGGGACACCACCAGUACCUUAUUGCUGCUGCUGAUACCUGCAUGCGGACGAAGAACGAGGACCUGGUUAAGGCUUGCUUCCCGAAUAUCAAGUACACGCCCACGGCGGGCGAGAGAGACUCGCUGUUGAGCAUCGAGAAGGCGAGGAAGGAGCUGGGGUUUGACCCGCAGUACAACUGGGAGGCUCAGAUUAAGAAGUGA